CGAUGAGGUUAUUUUUUGGGAUGCUAAAAAAUGAAAAAUACGUUCAGUUCCUUAUGGAUUUUUUCAUUUUUUCGAUCUGUAGAGUUAUAUAGUUCUUUCAAACUUUCAGUCACUGUUAUUUCAUAAUUUUUUCUGUUCUUUUUAAAAAUUUUUCAUCAAUUCGAUUCAUUACUUGACUAUGCGGCUCAAUUUUUCAUCUUUGUAAACAAGAGAGCUGAUAACGAUUCUUCAUUUGAAAAGUUCCAAGAAGUAAUAUUCGUGCUGAGAAAAAGAAAUCGUUCCUCUUGAAUUAUUAAUUUGAUACAUAAUAAAUUCGCAGUAUUCACGAUGACAACCAUUGAAAGUAAUUCAAUGAAAGGUGCUUCUACCGAAGAUUUCUCCAAAAUGUAUAACAAGUGGCUUCAGGAAUUGAACGCGGUGGAAAGAAGUAUCAAAGCCAAAGCAAGUGAAAUUCAGUCAUUGCAAACCAACUUGUCAGAAGACGCCGAAAUGCUUAGAGGAGUCAGUAACUCGUUGCUUCCUUUGCAAGUUGAACAAAACUCGUUACAAGACUAUGUGAAUUCGUUAUCAAAACUACAAGAUGAAUUGGAAAAAGAAAUCAUCAGCCUGAAUGAUAUGGAGUUACCGUCUGAUAAUUCGGAGCAAGGCGAAUACGAAGAAAGUCCCAUUACAAUCGAAGCUACUGAAAUAGAAUUACAGAAGAUCACAGAAACCGUGAAAAAAACCGUCAAUAAAAUCAAUUCGGAGUUGAAUUUGUUUGAGAAAACUCACAGUCCGUUGACCAAAUUUCGCAUCAUUAUGGACCGUUACACCGAUGCACUACAACUUUUGGAGAAAAAUUCUUGCGAAAUACAAGAUAAAUUGAACGAACUUAAUAGUAUUUAUCUCCAGCACUACAUAAAUACAGAUCCUGAGCAUUGACAGAAUUCAUAGCGUUCUCAUAAAUAUAAAAAAGUGUUAUUUUUUCUGUUGUUGAAAAUUUAUAUUGUUUGUGUCGAUCUCCGAAAGCAAGAUUUCUGUAUUAGAUAAAUAAGAAUUAAAGUUUGAAUGAGUCA